AUGGCUGGUAAUGAUCUUGCUGAUGCCUACUACAGUAUUCCACCUUUCACCAGAUACUGGUUUUCGGCCACAAUUAUUUUUUCACUCAUUGGGAAGCUAGGACUUAUCAGUGUGUAUUCGCUUGUAUUAUUCUGGAAAGAGUUCUUCUACGAUUUUCAGUUAUGGCGUCCAAUUACAGCACUUUUCUAUUAUCCCAUAACACCACAAACGGGGUUCCAUUUCCUCAUCAAUUUGUACUUCCUCUACUCAUAUUCUUCGCGCUUGGAAACAAGCACUUUUAGUGGAAGACCCGCAGACUAUGUGUUUAUGUUGCUUGUGCAUUGGAUAACACUGACACUUCUCUUCGAGCCGAUGGUCCUCAGCGUGAUCUACGUGUGGAGUCAACUGAACAAAGACGUUAUCGUUCAGUUUUGGUUUGGAACGCAGUUCAAGGCGGUGUACUUUCCUUGGGUCUUGGUGGUUCUUAACCUCAUUAUCCGUGGCAGCGCAACAAUGGAGCUGGUGGGGAUAUUUGUCGGUCACAUCUACUACUUUUUUUCUCAUCAAUACCCGCUAGAAUAUGGUGGGCCACAGAUUUUAAAGACCCCCGCCUUCUUGUACCGCAUGUUCCCUGGUGAACGCAAUUUCGUCUCGGGAUUCGGUGUUCCUCCUCGUCGAAUGGGAUCCCACGACGACAACGUCAGUCGGGGUUUCCCCGGUCGCGGACGCACCCUCAACGACUGA